AUGCAGUGUUUAAUUUUAUUAUUUUUCUCUGUGACCUUCGUUUUCGAAACAGCCGCUGAGGCUUCUGUGAGGACAUGUGAACCUAUUAAAGUGGCGAUGUGCAAGAACAUUGGAUACAAUCAAACUGGAAUGCCGAACUUGGCUCGACAUACACUUCAAGCAGAUGCUGAUGUGACGCUGCAAACUUUUAGUCCACUCGUACAAUACGGAUGUUCAUCACAGUUACAUUUAUUUUUGUGUUCGGUUUAUGUUCCCAUGUGCACCGAUAAGGUUGCUUUACCUAUCGGACCUUGUAGAGGUCUAUGUGAGAGUGUUUACGCAAGAUGUUAUCCGGUCCUAAGAGGUUUCGGUUUCCCGUGGCCGGCAGAAUUAGACUGUUCUCUGUUCCCAGCGGAGAAUAAUCACGAACAUAUGUGUAUGGAAGGUCCAGGUGAACGUGCGCCACCUUUAGGGAACAUUCCACUUGACGCUACCAAUUCAGUCGGUAGAGGUGCUUGCAGGCAACUUGUGAAACCAAAUAGUUGGGUUUGGGUCAGAGGAUCGGGUCGAUGUGCACAAUUCUGUGACGCAGAAGUACUAUGGGAAAGCGGAGAACGCAAAGCGGCAGAAGUGUGGCUGGCGACGUGGGCUGCAUUGAGUUUUGCAUGUACCCUUGCGGCUGUAGGGGCACAAUUGGCCUGUGGAGAUAGAGGUGGAGCCGGUGAAAGAGCUCUGGUGCUGGUAGCACUUUGCAGAUGUGCAGCCGCAGCAGGAUGGGGUGUUCGUGCUGCAGCCGGCCGCACGGCAGCCGGUUGUGCCAAGGACUCUACGUCGCCAACACGGAUGUUGCUUGCACAUGAUGGAUUAGCCAACCCUAAUUGUGCUGUCGUCUUCUUAUUGCUGUAUUACUUCGGCUUAGCAGCUUCGGUUUGGUGGGUGGUAGCAGCCGGAGCUUGGCGGGCGAGUGUACUACGUCCUCCUACUACCCCUGGAUCCAGGAACGACCGCCACUCCUCAUUGCUGCAGUUAGCAGCCUGGGGAGUUCCUGCUGCACUAGCAGCGGCAGUUCUAGUUACAAGAGACGUAGACGCUGAUGAGCUUACAGGUACAUGCUUCGUGGGGAACCAGUCGAGUAAAUCUUUACUGGCAUUGGUCAUCGUCCCCGAAGCUAUAUGUUUGCUACUAGGCAGCGUUUUCCUAGCUUCUGGUCUUCGGGCAGUGCUUCGUCGUCCUGUGCCAUUACCUGCUCCAGCAACGCUUCUAAACACGCCGCCUCCAGCCCACCCUGAUCAAAGUCUCCUAAGAUUAGGAGCGUUCGCUGCUCUAUAUGCAGUGCCUUCGGCGUGUAUACUAGCAACGUGGGUAUAUGAGUAUAUAUUGAGAGAAGAUUGGUUAGCUGCACCCGUACCUUCAUCAGAGCCAUCCACACAGCCACAACCAUCGUUAUGGGUGUUCCUAUUCCGUAUUUUCGCAACGCAAAUACUAGGAGUCAUGGUAGCAGUGUGGAUAGCAACGCCGAGAUUGAAAGCGCUCUGGAGAAGGUUAACAGGUCCUAGGAAACCAGUAUUAGCUAAAUGCCCGGCGGGUCCACCACCAACACCCCUAACGUUACACUGUUACGCAACACAUCCCCACACAUUAAGCCGCCAUUCGCAGAAAUAUGCUACUUAUCGACCGCCACAGCAACAAUCUUACAGAAAACCUCGCCACUACCAUUAUUCAACCGGGGAAACGAUCCUAUGA